GUUCUUACACACACUUCUUCCCUCUCCUUCAGAUCGCUAUCCUUAUACAGGCUGGACGAGGAGGAUGAACUACGAAAAAGGAUCAUACAGAGAUUUUGUCCGAUCUCGAUGCCAAACCAACCCUUGCGUCACUGGAUUAGCCGAUUAUUUGAGAUGUGGGCCUGGAGCUGCCAGUACCAUCGUUACUCUCGACUACUCCCGGGACGGACAAUCGGUACCGAAUCCUCUAACGGUAUCCGAGGUUGAUCUGGCCAAGCUGAUGGGUGCGACCUCUACAACCGCUGGCCGGAUUGUGCUCGUUGAGAACAUCCAACCCCAUUUGGUCUGUUUGCUCGGCGAGAUUUUUGAUGUGGAUCCAAUCUUCUUUGCCGGCCACGUCACCACCGACUUCAAAGACAUCGAGAAUGCACCACCUCCUCCUUCACUUGCGUUGUUUCCAUCCCAGAUUGCUGAAAAUGGCUAUCUCCAUCUCCACUAUCAGCAGGUAUUGGACCUGGGAAGCGCAGACUUGUUUACAUCUUCGUACAGUCUGAAAUCGGACUCCGACGUUCCUCGAAAUGUCAGACUUCUACCGCAUCUAUCAGGCCGACAGAUUGCUUUGGCUCGAGCGUGCUGUUCUAUUCUAGUGAAAAAGAUCAAAGGCAUAUGGAUUUGCUUAAUCCUGGUGGAUCCCCCUGUCAAUAUGGUUCUUGAGACGUUGGGGUUAGGCGGCCGAAAGUCAUAUCCAAGUAUGAUGUUGCAUGGAGGAUUCGAGGAAUUUAAGCAACCGACGUCUUUCGCGUCUUUCGGAUCUACCACGAGCGAUCGUUUACCAGAUAAGAAGUCGAUGCUCAGUAACCUGCUCCGCUACUUCCGCCACCAACCACCUGGGUUCAUGAUAACAGAGCCUAGCAUCUUGAGCCUCGGCUACUACCCGAUACGUAUCGUCUUAGCUGAGUGGAAUCUUUACAUGCUCCUGAUGAGUCGUUACUUGAAAUAUUAUGAAUAUACUCUGCACGACAUCGAGAAUCGACUGCACGAUAGCGACAUUAUCGACCUUCAACGUUGGCGGCGGCGGAACAUGCAAAGCCGACACAAACUAAAUCUUCUCUCUGAGUUCAUCGAUUAUUGGUUACAACAGGAAUCCAAAAAGCAGCCGUGGGAUUUUAUACUGAAAGAUAUCAAGCAUGUAUCGUCACAGCUAGAGCAUUACAGCCGCUCGCUCGAGCAUAUGGUCCCAGUAGCAACGUCGAUGGUACAGCUGUUCGACUCACGGCGGUCGAUACAAGAGGCUGCCAACGUUAGCCGGCUCACUUUUAUUGCGCUGGUGUUUGUGCCGCUGUCUUGGGUCGCCAGCCUUUUCAGCAUGUCAGAAGAUUACUCUCCAGGACACAAGAGCUUUUGGGUAUAUUUUGCUACUGCACUGCCAGUUAUGAUUCUAGUCUUGCUUUUAUCAACUGUGCAAGGGGAUCGACUGAAGGGAAAAUUGAAGAGGAUUUGGGUAGUUUUACGACGGUAAGCGGGAAGACGAAGGACUGAAGCAGUGUUAGCGUAGAUAUACAAAAUGUAAUAAUUGUUCUAUGAUCUACA